AUGGCCGCUCGAAAUGCAGCUGGAACGCCCCUGCUUGCUGUUCUUCUGCUGCUGGGCGCGAACCUGUUGAUCCCGCUCGCCAUUGGCAUCUUCGGCAAGGGCUUCUUCCCCUACAAACCGCUGCUGCCUGGCCUCGCGCAAUAUGAGGAUCAUGGCUUCGGACCGCCGGCACCGGCACCCUUUGACCGUAUCGUGUUCAUGGUCGUUGAUGCCCUGAGGAGUGAUUUCGUCUAUGUCGCAAACAGCGGCUUCCAAUUUACCCAAUCACUCAUCCGCAGUGGUGCCGCCGUGCCCUUUACGGCACAUGCCACGUCGCCCACGGUCACAAUGCCGCGCAUCAAGGCCAUCACCACGGGCUCCAUCCCUUCGUUUCUCGAUGUCGUCCUUAACGUCGACGAGGGCGACAAGUCGUCGUCAUUGGCCUCGCAAGAUACGUGGCUGGCUCAGAUGAAAGCCAAGCAGACCCAGCAGGCAGAUGGUGCCGCCGCAGGCGGCAAGCUUGUCCUCUACGGUGACGACACCUGGCUCAAGUUGUUCCCGGACACCUUUGACCGCGCCGACGGCACCUCCAGCUUCUUCGUCGCCGAUUUUACCGAAGUCGACAACAAUGUCACGCGCCACGUCCCCCGCGAGUUGCGCCAGACCGACUGGGGCCUCAUGGUGCUGCACUACCUUGGCCUCGACCACAUUGGCCACAAGGGCGGGCCGCGCAGCCCCAAUAUGGUACCCAAGCAGCACGAGAUGGACGCCAUUGUGCGCGAGAUCUACGAAGCCAUGGAAACGCAGCCGCACCUCGCCAAUACGCUGCUUGUCCUGCUGGGCGACCACGGCAUGAACGACGCCGGCAACCAUGGCGCAUCGUCCGCUGGCGAGACGUCACCCGCCUUGCUCUUUGUCGCCCCGAAGCUCAAGACAGCACUGGCUGAUUCUGCGGCGUCUUUCCUGCCAUGCCCUCUCGCCGAACGAGACGAUUUUCAGUUCUACCACACCGUCGAGCAGUCCGACUUGGCCCCGACACUGGGCGCGCUUCUGGGAUUCCCGGCCCCCAAGAACAACCUGGGCGCGUUUAUCCCGACAUUCUUGCCACUGUGGUCGGAGCGCCGUGACCAAGUGCAGAUCCUGAUGCACAAUGGGCACCAGAUCCUGCGUGUUCUAGAGGCUGCGUUUGGCCCCGAGGUAUUCGCAGAGGUGUCCAUAGCAGAGUGCAACAGCCCGCAGACGCAUGUCCAAGAAAUUGCAUGCGCGUGGCACGACAUUGUGCGUACAGCGCCCCGUCUUGAGGACGAUGACGAAAGCGGUGGCUUGACCGACGCGAGUUAUGAUGAAUGGGCCACCAAAACAAUAAAGCACAGAAAGCAAUUAGCAAAGAAACAGCAGGUUGGACAAGGGCUAACCGCUUCUCAGUGGCUUCGCAAUGCCCAACAGACAAUGAGUGGCAUGGCCAGCAACUACAAUAUCCCCAUGCUCGGCCUGGGCCUGGGCGCUGCUGCCAGUUCCAUGGUCCUCGCCAUCGGGGCCACCUACGCAUUUGUCUCGCGAGGCGGAGGCAGUGGCCUGGGCGAGAUGACCCCGUUUGCCCUCAUUAGCAUUACCUAUGGCAUCAUGAUGUUUGCCAGCAGUUACGUCGAGGAGGAGCACCAUUUCUGGUACUGGGCCACCUCCGCAUGGCUGGCGGUGAUUGGCGGGCGGAGUGUAUCGUUGAGCGCCCGGCAGCCGCCGAAGCACGUUGUUGCUGCUGUAGUAACCGUUGUCGCCGCCUUCAUGGCCGUUCGUCUUCUCCGUAGCUGGAACCAAACCGGCCAAAAGUUCGCCGGCGAGCCCGACCUCGUCAAGACCAUUUUGCAGCCCAACCCACAGCUGCUCUGGACCGUCGUUGCGGCUACGUACGCGCUGAUCGCAAUUGAACUGGUGCAAGGACUUGUUGUCUUCCCCGCCGCUGUGACCGCACCGGCUGUGUUUCUCCUUGUUCUCUCGGCCCUGUCGUUCAAGCUUGUCUUUACCUACGAGGACUCGCCCGAGCUGGUGGCCAGCUUUGCUAGCACACUCGUCGAGCUGAUUGAGCGCAUUGAUGGCGGCAGCACCGGGCCGGUUACGCUUAUUGCACGCGCCCGCGUCGUCUUUGCUGGGCUGUCUGUUGCGACCGCCGCGGCUGUCUACUCCAUUGUCGUUUCGAAGCGGCAAGGCAACACUCUAAACCGACCUGCCACCAAUGUUCUCCUCCCGCUCUAUGCACUGCUCGCCGUAACACAGUCCCGCACUACCAACAUCCCGCUGUUCCUCUUGUUUGGCGUCAUCUACCGCUUUCUGGCCGCGCAGCAACAACAACUCACGCCCACAGAGAUCACCACGGCCGCGCUGCUCCUGCAAUUUGCUUCGUUUUUCGCUUUUGGGGGCACCAACGCCAUCUCGAGCGUCGACCUCUCGUCAGCCUACAACGGCAUCUCCGGUUUCUCCGCCGGCGCCGUGGGUGUGCUGAUUUUUGUCAGCAACUGGGCCGGCUCCAUCUACUGGGCCGUUGCGUCGGUUCUCCUUCUCACAACUCGCUCGUCGUCGUCACCGUCUUGUCCCUGGCUGCAGCAUGCUAGCCUCCUCACUGUAUUUGCGGCGGCCAGCGCCGUGGCCGUCAUGGCUGCCUGCACGGCACUGCGGACACACCUGUUCGUGUGGACCGUCUUCUCGCCCAAGUAUCUCUACUGUAUUGCAUGGAGCCUGGGUAUGCACUUGGGCAUCAACCUGGGCCUUGGCGGGCUGUUAUACUGGUUGGGUACUUCCUCUAAACAAACGCCAUAA